AUGAAGGAUGAAGCCAGAGCCCCAACAUUUAAGGCACAGAAGGAUGGAGUGAUGCUAAUUAUGUGUGGCAAUGCUGCUGGCUUCAUGAUGAAACCAGGACGUACCUACAAGUCCAAUAACCUGAGGGCCUUCAAAAAUAAGAAUAAAAAUCUGAUGCCUGUCCACUGGAUGCACAACUCCAAGGCCUGGGUUACCAAAAGUCUAAUUUUGAAUUGGUUCCACCAAUGCUUCAUCUCUCAAGUCAAGGAAUACCUCCAAACUCUUUGCAUGGAAUUCAAGGUGUUGCUAGUUAUGGGUAAUACUGGUGGUUACUCUUUGGAUUUGAAUCAUAAGCGAGUCCAAGUCAAGUUCCUUCCUGCCAACUUCACCUUCCUCAUCCAGCCUAUAGAUCAUGGCGUGAUCCGUGCCUUCAAGGCACAUUACACUCAGAACUCUCUCCAACACCUUGUGGACACAAUGAAUUUGGAUGAGAAUUUCAAGUUAAAGGAGUACUGGCAUAACUUUAUGAUCGCAACGUGCUUGUCAAUCAUCCACACCACUCUUAAAGACAUGGUAAAUGAAACCCUCAUUGCAUACUGGAAGAAGGUAUAG